CUGCAUACAUUAAUUUACUGGGUAUGCCCUUUCAGUGGAUUCUUUGAUUUCUUUCCUCCCUUCCACAGUUCCACUGAAAGUGGGAAGCACUGAAGUUGCAGUCAUGGACAAGACUCCGGCUAACACGAGUUUGAUUGAUACGGUGUUUUCUUGGUCCUUACAAGAUGUUCUCAAUGAAAAUCUUUACAAAAGCCAGGUAAAGAAAAUUCCAGCCAAAUUUAAUUCAACAACAGCUUACUUGGAGUCAUUCAAACUUCCUCUUAUUGAGGAAACACAUGCAGACUUGUUGUCGAGCUUGACAACAGAAUCUAUGGCACUUUCACUUGAGAUAUUGUCAGUCACGCAUUCUGAAGGUCACUCCCCCAAAAACUUGACCUAUGACCUGAUAGGAACAAAAGUCUCUAAGAAGAACAAAGGGACGUAUCAGCCUGCGCCUGGAGAUCUCAUUGUUUUAACUGGUAUAAGACCAAAAUGCACUGCAGCUUUGAACAUGUCAGAAGACUCUUAUCUCAUUGCAUCUGUCACUUGGGUAGAUUAUGAAAAUCCUCAUAUAUUCUCAAUAUUGUCAUCAAAACCACUCAUGGAUGAAGAGGAUAUGAAAAGGUUAGAGAACAUUAAGGUCACUCUUUUUGUUGUUUUCCUGACCAACACAAUUACAAAUGUUCGCAUAUGGAAGGCAUUGAACAGAGAUUCAGAUCCAAAAGGGAAGACAAUGAACUUGAUCAAGAACGUUCUUCUGAAGAGUCCAACUGAUGAAGAAAAUUGUACUAGAUGCUUAUAUGGAAGAAUUUGUGGCACCAGUCCAUCAUAUCCAAGGAGCAUAGUUGAAUCUUUUGGUUUAAAUAAUUCCCAAGAAGCUGCAGUUCUGACUUCUAUUGGUGAUUAUAGUUGCCAUCAUCGAAAUACAGUUAAACUUGUAUGGGGUCCUCCAGGGACAGGGAAAACAAAAACUAUUGGUGUACUAUUGUUUGCUCUUCUACGAAUGAAAUGCCGGACAGUUAUAUGUGCCCCAACCAACACUGCAGUGUUGCAAGUGGCAUCACGUCUCAUGAGCUUUGUUACAAAAUCUACUGAAUUUGAAACAUAUGGACUUGGAGAUAUUGUUUUAUUUGGUAAUAAGGAGAGAAUGCAGAUUGAUGGUAGCGAUGACCUUCUUGAUAUAUUUGUUGAUAGUCGUAUUGGCAAUCUUUCCGAUCGUGUUGACAAGCUUUCUAAACGUGUUGACAUGCUUUCUAAGUGCUUUUCACCAGUGGAUGGAUGGAAGGGUAGUUUAAGGUCUAUGAUAGAAUUGCUUGAAGAUCCGGUUGGGCAGUAUAGACAAUACUUACAAAGAAGUAAAAAGAGCAACGACAAGGAAGAUGGGGACGAGGGAGAUGAUGACAAUAACAAAAGAAAAGACUGGAAGAAGUUAAUCAGCCAGAUCUUGAACAAAGUCAAAACCAUGGUAAAGCAGCAGGAUGUUUCCAAUGAGGAAAAAGAUGCACAAGAGGCAGAAACAUGUGAAGAUGAUCCCCUUACUUAUAUUGAGUUUGUCAGGAAGACAUUCAAUUCCAUUAGCCAGAGGUUGAGAUUUUGUCUUGUAAAUUUGUAUACGCACUUGCCAACUCGGUGCAUGUCAUUAGAAGUGGGAAAAAACAUGAUGCAAGCUGUUGAUUUACUCAGAUCUUUGGAAAUUUUGUUGCAUGAUCUUGGUGAUGAAGCACAACAGAAAGACCAUAAUAUUUUUGAAUGUGAAAACAGUGAUGGCUCUCUCAGAAAAUUGAGUUUGACCAAAAAAGAUUGCCUGCAGAUACUAAGGUCACUUACCCUUUGGGAAAUUCCAGACUUUGGGGGAGAUAUUGAAAAAAUAAGAGAUUUUUGCUUGGCAAACGCUUGUCUGCUCUUCUGUACUGCAUCAGGCUCUACGAAAUUGCAUGGUGCAGGAGAAUUUGAUUUGUUGGUUAUUGAUGAAGCUGCUCAGCUGAAAGAAUGUGAGUCCACAAUUCCCUUGCAACUUCCAGGCCUCCGCCAUGCUAUUCUCAUUGGAGAUGAGCUUCAGCUGCCUGCAAUGGUCCACAGCAAGAUUGCUGAGAAGGCUGAAUUUGGUAGAAGUUUGUUUGAAAGGCUUGUCUUACUGGGACAAAAGAAACACUUACUAAAUAUCCAAUAUCGGAUGCAUCCAUCUAUAAGCUUAUUUCCAAAUAGAGAAUUCUAUAAUAAUAAGAUUGUGGAUGCUCCAGCAGUGAAAGAUAGAAGCUACGUGAAGCACUUCCUUGGAGGAAACAUGUAUGGUCCUUACUCUUUAAUCAAUGUAACCUAUGGAAAGGAGCAAUUUGACAAUGGACAUAGCCCCAAGAAUAUGGUUGAAGUUGCUGUUGUGUGUGAGAUUGUUGCAAACCUUUUCAAAGAGUUCACCCUCAAGAAACAGAAAUUGAGUGUAGGUGUCAUCUCACCCUACAAUGCUCAAGUUCAUGAAAUUGAAAAGAAACUUGGAAAGAAAUAUGCUAGAAGUGUAGAUUCUGGCUUCUCCAUUAGUGUUCGCUCUGUUGAUGGAUUUCAAGGGGGUGAGGAGGAUGUGAUUAUCAUCUCAACAGUUAGGUCUAAUGGGAAUGGAUCAGUGGGUUUUCUAUCCAAUCGCCGAAGAGCAAAUGUUGCGCUGACCCGUGCAAGGCAUUGCUGCUGGAUAGUGGGGAAUGAAGCUACACUGUUUAACAGUGGCUCUAUUUGGAAGAAAUUGGUCACUGAUGCUAAGGAGCGGAAAUGUUUCUACAAUGCUGAUGAAGACAAAAGUCUUACUAAGGCAAUGACCACUGCUUUGAUCGAGCUUGAACAGUUUGAAAUUCUAUUAAACAUGAAUUUUCCCAUGUUCGAGGAUGCAACAUGGAGGGUUUGCUUCAGCGAUGGUUUCUGGAGUUCUGUGGCAGGCAUUAAGAACACUCAGACUACUAAUCAGUUGCUUACUCUGUUGGAAAAGCUUUCAAGUGGCUGGCGCCUGAUGCCAAAUAAGAAGACCCAUUAUGUCCUGGAUAGCUCUUCUGCCUUUUUGGAGCUGUACCCAGUGAAUGAUCUUUUGAAUCUACUUUGGACAGUGGACAUCAUUAAGGAAAAUUCACACUACAAACAAGUUUUGAAGAUCUGGGAUAUUUUGCCAUUACAAGAUGUACCAAAAGUUGCAGAGCAUCUCGACAGUCUAUUUGUGAACUACACUGUAGAUAAGAUAAACCGCUGCAAGUAUAGAUCCCUGGAGAGGGGUUUGGUUGUUCCAAUGAAAUGGCCGGUUAACCACAGUGGUGUAGUUCGGAGUAUUGGAUAUGAAGCUGAUUCUGCACAGUUGCUUUCAGAAACGUUUGCAGCACUUGAAAUUGUUGAUGGAUCCAUGCCAACCGCUACAACCUCUAAUCAAAGAUUAGAGUACAGCAGAGAGGAGCUACUUGCACUCCAGCAUUCACCUUUGUCUCUAAACUCUCCAGUUGAUACAGGAAAAGUUGAAGCCAGUAGUGAAUUAGAUAAGCUACUGGUCGGAAGACAAGAUACUAAUCUGCAUAUAUAGUGAGAAGCUGAAUGGUUCAGAUGUCCUCAAGAACAGAUAUCUUGCAUUUCAAGCAAGAUUCAUUUUAAGUACAUUUUAAGUGUCUCAUUUGUUAUUCUGAACUCUAAAUGGAGGAAAAAAAAGACUGCUACCUGAGCCCUAAUUAAAGCAACCUCAGAGUGCGCUGGAUUGAUAUUAUGUUGUUCCUGCUACAUAUUUUUGCAAUCCCAUCUUAUAACUCGUGCUUGGCUCUAUUGAUCUGUUUGAACAAUUUGGUCCCUAACUCUUAAGGCUUUACAAAAUGUCCAACCAACAACUUUAAACUGAAACUAUUACAUUUCAGAUCAUUGCAGGACAUCCGCCCUCUUUCAGAUUUAUAUUGUUUAAUGUUUUCUUUAAUGCGGUCUGCUUUGUUUUCCCCCUUCUCUUUUCAAUUUUCUGUAACUAUGAAUUUGUUAGGACUAGCUAAUUUAUGAACAUUCAAUCUCAGGAAAAAGUUGAAGGGAAAAAGGAAGAUUAGAUUAGCUACUGGAUUGAAGACAAGAUGGUACUUUGCUUAUGGACUAUGAAGGUUAUUAGUUGUUCCGUCUCAAAAGAACAUGGUGGUUGGUGACAAACAUUUUGAAGACGCAUACAAGCAGCAUCUCAUCUUGUGCUUUUGAACCCUUAAAUAGAGGAAGAUUUACUUUUCUGUUUCAUAUAUACUUUGAUUAUCUGUAAAACUUUCUUCGCACGUGUUGUAUGUGUGGAAUAUGGUGUUGAAUCCUAUAAAAUCGGAAAAAGCUA